CCUCAUCUCUCUCCCCAACACUUUAACUCCCGGCAGUACAAGAACACUAGACUCGUCCAGUCUACGUGUCCGUCCUGCUGCUUUCACUCCUUCGCCAGAGCCCGUCAUGGCGUCCACUUCCUCCUCUGACGUGGUCAUCCUCGGCCUUGGCGUAGUCCUUGCGGCACUCUAUCUUUUCAAGGACCAAAUUUUCUCAUCUGGAAAGGCUUCCAAUGUACCCGCAGCACCCGCCAAAGGUCUUGCCAACGGUGGUGGCAAUCCCCGUGAUUUCGUUGCAAAAAUGAAGGAGAGCAAAAAACGUAUUGUUAUUUUCUAUGGUUCGCAAACUGGUACUGCAGAGGAAUAUGCUGUUCGUCUCGCUAAGGAGGCAAAACAGAAGUUCGGACUUGCCUCUCUCGUGUGUGACCCGGAAGAAUACGACUUUGACAACCUUGACCAAGUCCCAGAGGACUGUUGCGUCAUCUUUGUCAUGGCUACUUACGGAGAGGGAGAGCCAACUGAUAACGCAGUCACGCUGACUCAAAACGUCUUCGAAUCCGACUUCGAGUUCUCAAACGGUGCCCACCGACUUGAGGGCCUUAAGUACGUGGUUUUCGGUCUCGGGAACAAGACCUACGAGCACUACAAUGCUAUUGCACGCAAAAUGGAUGCUGCGCUAUCUGAGAUGGGUGCAGUACGCAUCGGCGAGCGCGGCGAAGGCGAUGACGAUCGUUCAAUGGAAGAAGACUAUCUCGAAUGGAAGGACGGUAUGUGGGAAGCAUUUGCUCAGGUCAUGGGUGUAGAAGAGGGACAAGGCGGUGAUUCACCUGAUUUCGUCGUUUCUGAACUCGAAGACUAUACCCCUGAAAAAGUCUAUCUCGGUGAACUCUCGGCUCGUGCGCUUACCAAGACGAAGGGUAUUCAUGAUGCCAAGAACCCGUACCCAGCUCCAAUUACGGUCGCCCGCGAGUUGUUCACCAUGGACGCCGACCGUAAUUGUGUUCACUUGGAACUGAACAUUGAAGGCUCUGGCAUUUCAUACCAACACGGAGACCACGUUGGUGUAUGGCCAUCCAACGCUGAUCUUGAAGUCGACCGACUCCUUUGCGCCCUCGGCCUUUACGAAAAGAAGGACAAGGUUAUCGGCAUUGAGUCUCUUGAUCCGGCACUUGCCAAGGUUCCUUUCCCGGUCCCGACUACCUACAACACGGUUCUCCGUCACUACAUUGACAUCUCUGCCGUUGCUGGUCGUCAAAUUCUCGGCACACUUUCCAAGUUCGCGCCUACGCCAGAAGCUGAGGCGUUCCUUAAGGAUCUUAAUGCUGACAAGGAGAAAUUCGGAAAGAUCGUUGCAGGCGGAUGCCUCAAAAUUGGCGAAAUCCUUCAACUGGCUGCGGGCAAUGACCUUCAUGUUGUACCAUCGGUGCAGAACACGACAGCUUGGCCUGUGCCCUUUGAUAUCAUUGUUUCCAGCGUGCCCCGCCUUCAGCCCCGAUUCUACUCGAUUUCAUCAAGCCCGAAAUUGCACCCCGGAUCGGUUCACGUUACUGCUGUUGUCCUUAAGUACCAAUCUGUUACUUCAGAGCACCUACCUGCGAAGAAUGUGUACGGUGUUGGCACGAACUUCUUGCUAAGCUUGAAACAUGCACACGAUGGAGUCAUCCAACAGGCAAUUGCUGAUCCCUCGGCUCCAACGCAUGUCAAUACCCCAACAUACUGCAUUGAUGGUCCCAGAGGCGCAUACAAGGCUGAGUCUGGGUACAAGAUUCCGAUUCACGUGCGUCGCUCGACUUUCCGCCUUCCGACAAACCCGAAGACACCGGUUAUCAUGGUUGGCCCUGGCACUGGUGUGGCUCCAUUCCGAGGUUUCGUGCAGGAACGCGUUGCUUUGGCUCGUCGUACUGUUGAGAAGAACGGACCCGAAGCUCUUACUGACUGGGGCCAGAUUUGGCUGUUCUACGGGUGCCGCAAAUCGACAGUGGAUUUCCUCUACAGGGAAGAAUGGCCAGAGUACGAGAAGGAGCUCGGCGGUAAAUUCCACAUGCAAUGUGCCUUCUCGCGUGAACCGCCAUACAAACCCGACGGAUCAAAGAUUUAUGUACAGGACCUUAUCUGGGAACAGCGUGAAGCACUUGCAAAUGCAAUUUUGAACGGCAAGGGAUACGUAUACAUUUGUGGUGACGCAAAGAGCAUGAGCAAGAGCGUCGAAGAUACCCUGGCUCGUAUCCUUGGAGAGGCAAAGGGUGGCAGCGCUGAGAAGGAGGGUGCAGCUGAGCUGAAACUUCUGAAGGAUCGUUCACGGUUAAUGCUUGACGUCUGGAGCUAAAUGUCAUUCCCCCAAUCAUUAUUCUCUCUCUUCUGUAGACAGGCGCCUGCUGCAUUGUGAUAGGAACUCAGUUUGCAUACAGUACCGCAUUCGCUUUCUCUCUUAUUUUUUUUUCUCGUUUUACUAUUUAGUUGCCUUCAUGCUUGCAUCAUUCGCUCCUUACUUUACGAGAUUUCCUGGUAUUUACUUGCGGAUUUGUUCUUUUUCGACGAUACGCAGAAUACAUAGAUCGUAUCUCAC